AUGACAACCACCGCCGGCGAGUCCGCUCUUCCGCACUAUGUGCUGCUCGGUAUAUGGUGUUGGAUAUACACAGUCUCUGCGCUACUCGGCUUUGCACUGCUACGACUACUGUACAAUAUAUCACCAUUUCAUCCUCUGGCCAAAUACCCAGGGCCGCUACUGUGGAGAGCGUCCCGUCUCCCGGCUUCCUGGCGUCAGGCUCGCGGCGAUCUAUACAAGAGCAUCGACGCCAUCCACAAAAAAUACGGACCGGUGGUUCGGAUCGCGCCCGAUGAGCUUUCAUUCACAAACCCAGAAGGCUGGGCCCAGAUCUACAACAGUCGACCUCAGCUGCAGAAAACGCGUUUCCACUUCCCGUCGGCCGAGACGCGCAAGGUGCCCGAGAGCAUGAUCAUGGCCAGCGACGCGGACCACACUCGGCUCCGGCGCCUCGCCAACCCUGCCUUCACGACCACGGGGGUUCUAGAAGUCGAGCCCGUGAUGCAGCACUACGUCGACCUGCUCUGUACACAACUGACCGAGGCCUGCCACGAGGGCUCGCAGAACAUGGUCGAGUGGUUCCUCUGGACGCUCAACGACGUGAUCGGCCAGCUGGCCCUGGACCAGGAGUUUGACUGUCUCAAGAAGCGCCGCAUGCACCCCUGGCCGAGCUUCCUCUUGCAGGGUCUCAAGAAAGCCACCAUCUUCAACCAAUUCCGCCGCUUUGGGAUCACCGAGAGCAUGCUGAUGCCGUUGAUGACGGCGAAGCAGCUGCAGGAGAGGAACAACUUCUUCGACGCGGCCAAUUCGGCGGUGAAGCAGCGACUCGAUCGUGAGGACGACGAGGGCGGCAAGGAAACGAAGAAGAAGAGACCCGACAUCGUGGGCCUGAUGCUGCGCGAGAUGAAGGACGGCAACCGCCUCACCCACGACGAGGUCGUCUCAAACUCGGUGCUCAUCGUCGGUGGCGGCGCCGAGACGACGAGCACCUGCCUGAGCGCGACCUUUUACCACCUCUGCAAGACGCCCCGCGUCAUGAAGAAGCUCCAGGACGAGAUUCGCCGCACCUUCACGGCCAGCGGGGACAUCACCGUCCGUGCGACCUCCAACCUGCCCUAUCUCAGGGCGACCGUCGACGAGGCCCUGAGGAUCUUCCCCGUCGCCAGCUACAUCACGCCGCGAACCACGCCCAAGGGAGGCCACCUGAUCGCCGGCGAGUUUGUACCGGAAGGAACCUACGUCUCAAUGGGCCAGUGGCACAUGGGGCGGUCCGGCCGACUGUUCGACAACCCCAAGGAAUUCCGACCGGAGAGAUGGCUCGAUGAGCUCGGCGACAAAGGGCCCUCGGGCCUACAGGCCGACGAGAUCCUGAAGCCCUUCAGCCUGGGUCCUCGAAAUUGCAUUGGCAAACAGGUGGCUCUCACCGAAGCACGCCUCGUCAUUGCAAAGUUGCUGUGGCACUUCGACAUGGAACUUGACGGGGAUCAUUCUACGUGGGUGGAAGAUGCGAGGUUCUAUGUUCUGUGGGAACUUCAGCCGCUGAAGGUCAGGUUGACGCCGGUUGAGCGUGGAAUGUAG